GGAAGGCGGCGCAGCGAGAGCGCGGGGCCACGCGGAGGGCUGAGCGGCCUGCAGCUAGGACCUUCGGAUCCCAUGGGGCUAGGGCCUCGGCCUGUGAGGCGGGAGGAGGGGAACACCCUUGGGAGCCCGAGGGGGUUCACGGUGGGACCCCCCCCCCGCCCCCGGGGGACACAGGUGGAGAGGCAAGACUUGCCGAGGAGCGUGCCACCCGGUGCGAGGGACAAAGUGGAACAAUUACGGAGAUGGACGAAGGUUCCAGAAGGGGCAGCGAUGUGACUGGGCGGGCCGGGCACUAAAGGGGCAGACGCGGCUGGAUCCGAUGGUGCCUCGGAAAUGGUGGUGGUUCUAGAAGGGUGGAGGUCAUGGUGGCUGGGAAGCUUCCCUGCUUCUUGAGCAAACCCUCAAACCUCUAGUAGAGCACUUGUUUUCAUCUGGAAAUCCUUUUGUGCUCAUUCAUACUUGUUCAUCAAGACCUUUGAGUCCUCAAGGGCCGAACUUACCUCUACACUGAAAAAUGGAAAGUAAAGUACCUUUAUUCUGCCAGGCAGAAGAAAAUCGCGAUUUAUCAGAUGAAGGCUGCAGUUCUCUUGCAACCAACUUGCCAUCGAGACAUAUUGGCAACAAGAAAGACAUCAAGUUUUCUCAAAUGACACAGAAGACAGUUUCACAUGAAAUUAGGGGUUUCAGGCUAGAGCACAGAAAAAGGUAUGAAACAUCAGUAUUCCUCUGUGGAGAAGAGAAAUCCUCUGAUUUUUCAGGAGAGAAAAAGUUCAGAAGAAAGAAAAGUUUACAAGUACAGUUGCAUACUGAAAGAACUGAGAUUGCCUCUUCCUCAGUGAAGCUGUUGAAGGAGAAGAUGACUAAGAAAGAAAGGUCUUCACUCAAGUUUCCGAAUCAGUACAGUGUUCACAAGACUUUAUCACCCCUUUGUACAUCUUCCUCAGUUAUUCGGGAAAGGGAAAUGCUUUCUAGCCUCUGCAAGACAUCAUGUAAUGAAGUACCUCAAGGACACUUACACUCACAAGAAUUAAGCGCACUUCAGAAGGCCUGUAAAAUUUUUAGCAAAAUUCAAAGUGGUAAAAUUUAUGUGAAUGAUCUGCCAAUGAUCCAUCACACCUUGAAGGUCUUUAUAAGUGAUUUGGAAAUGCAAAAGGCACUAAAGACUGUUGAUAUUGAUGCAUUCCAGAAUGCCUUGAAGAUUUUCUGUAGGAUAAAAAGUGGUCGAGUUGCGACUGAUGAACUGGCUGCUGUUUUGGAUAGCAUGGAUAUUCCUGUAAUUCCUGAAACUUUUCAGGAAGUGAUAAAACAUGUUGGUAUAGACAGUAACCACAUGGUGGAUAUUAGAGAUAUUCUAUUUAUUUUGGAUGAACUACAGCACCAGUAUGAAGAUUUUGUAAUUAUGGAAUCAUCAGCCUUGGAUGAGACUACUUCAAACAGAAAGUUAUCAAAUAUAUCAGAAUGUUAUCCACAGUAUAGGAUGAAAAGCAGUUUCUCUUCCAGACUACAUGAACCAUCAUUAUUCCCAAAGUUAAAUAGAAAACACCUCCAAUAUCAUAAAAUUAUGGAGGAUAAUGAUUACCUUGAAUUUAAAAGAUCAAAAAAUCCUUUGCAAAUAAAAAAAUUCCGAAAUGGGGUUGAUAGCAGUGAUAUAGGAUUCUGGGAACCAUAUUCAAAGGAUGGCAUAAACUUUAAGAAAAGUUCAGAGAAGAUUGAAAUUCAUGACUCAAAGUCUACGUCACAUAGCUUGAAGAGCAUUACAAGCCUCAAAAAGUCUCUGGUUAAAAGUGAUAAUUUUAGUACCCCCAAACUUCAGAAGCCAGCUGUGAGAAGGCAUUCCAGCCUCCUAAAACAGGUUUCGUCGAAAGAAAAGAUUGCAGUGAAUGCUCUGGAAAACAUCUGUGAAGCUAUCAAUAAACUCCAAGAAAAUUACAUUGCUGCAGAAGAACUUCAGUCCAUUUUGCCUUCAAUAAGAGUCACUUUAUCAGACAAAGAGUUCAAGGAGAUUGUGGCAAAGACUGCUCAAAAUGGAAAUGGAAUGGUGAAGUUAGAUGACUUUAUGAGCGCUCUCUCCAAGGAGCAAAGUCUCCCUGAAUGUGAUGUGUUGACUGAUGUCAUUAAAGCCAUUGAUAAAAUUAAAGAUGAAAAUAUUGAUUAUGAGGAUAUGAAUACUUGUCUUCAGCAUUUUGGAGUUUACCUUUCUAAGCCAGAAUUUGAGAAGAUCACAGAGUUGACUGAAGCUGACAAAACGAAAAAAGUGAAUUUUAAAGAUUUCAUUGAUACAAUGAUGACCAAUACGGAACGCUUCUCUGAAAAAUUAUGUAAGAACAUCACAUUUUGUGCUUUUAUUUAG